CCCUCGAACACAAAUAAAACACCAGCAGCUGACUGACUCAAAGAAAAAUAAAUCUACCACAAAGCGAAAAGCCGACUAAAAUCUCUCUCUUGUACUCAAUUUGUUUCUUUAAUUAAGUUAAAUUUACCCAUUGCAAAUAGUUCAUUUACACGAUUUACUCAUCCUUCAGUACAAUAGAGAAAAUGUGGGGCGCAGAGGUAUUUCCAAGGUCUACGAAAAAUAGGACAGGACAUAUUUUGCAAGAUUUACUUUCCUCCACGGUCCGUUUGACGAGAUUAAACUCCAUUCCCCCCAAGGAACGACCCCUGAAAAUCAAGGAGAAUAAUUCGUCCCCAGAAUUAAUUCAGUCGUUCUGUUCAAUCUGCUCCGAAUGGACAAAUCUGAGUCCUCUCGCCGUCCAAGAAAUAGAAAUCCUUGCCAAAUUCGUUCUUAAUCAGGAGCAAAUUUCUCUCAUUUUACAAUCUGAUGAUCAUCCUCCUUCAAUAUUGUGUUGCAAAAUUUGCUCCUCUGCGAUCCUCUCCUUGGCAAAGCUGUCCACACGAAUAGAAAAUAUUACGAUCUCUCUACGUGCCGUCAUUUCCAGCAGGAACGGAUUGUUCAAUAACGAGUCCAAAAUUGGUGAAUUGUCCUAUGAAACAGCGGCUGACACCGGAUGUCCUGUUGACAAGAAUUCUAACAAUGACCAUGACGACGACGAGCAACAAUUAACAGGAUAUAUUGACGAGGAAGAAUUCCUCGUAAAAGUCGAGCCAACCAGCGACGACGACGAGGACGACGAUGACCGUUAUAAAAGCCUUUCUGAUCCUCUCUACGACCCAGACAGGCCACAAACUCCUGACGACGACACCUCUGACCUUGCAAAAUCCGAGGUCAAACCUCCACCGAAAUUUGUUUGCCACGUGUGUCGCUUGAAAUUCUCCAAAAAUCAAUCCCUCUUUUUCCACAUGAGGAACAUUCAUCCCGAUGGUGAUUUUUCUAAUGUGCAAACUGGUUUACUACCAAGGCCAUUUGCAUGUAAAAUAUGCAACAUGAAAUUUGCCAGAAAUGAUAAUCUCUUUUUCCACAUGAGGAACAUUCAUCCCGAUUCUGAUUUUUCCGACGUGCAAGCUCGUUUUCGACCAAAGAAAUAUGCGUGCAAGUUAUGUAACAUGAAAUUCGCCCUAAUUCCAAACAUCAGGAGACACUUGAGGAACAAGAAAAAACACCCAAAUCUUUCCGAUGCUGACAUUUCGGUUCUGGAGUCCGAGAUAGAUACUGAACCAAAGUUUGUGUGUGAAGUAUGCCAACCGAAUGUCGCAUUCGCCGAAAAUGAAGAUUUCGUUCGCCACUUGAGGGACAAGAAGAUUCAUCCAGAAUUUCCCGGUCCUCAAAUUGCCUCUGACUUUUAUAACAAAAUGUGUUCCGUCGAGUGAUCAAAAACAAAGCACAUUCUCUGGUAGCAUUUAUUUAUAAACACAGUUUUGCAAUCCGUGAAGUUGUUCACAAUUUAUUGGUUGUCAAAAUCAACGCUGGAAAACUUCACUUGAUUAUACAUACGUACAUACUUAUGUAUGCACUUAUAUAAAAUAUCUUUAUUUUUGAAACGUGUUUAUAUAUUACAUACUCUGCCAGUUCAAAAUUGUAAACAUUUACUCAAAUAUGUCCUGGCUAAAAAUAAAGACUGAAAA